AUGGCUAACGUUGUUACCGCAUCUGACUGGUUGGAGCAUAAAGCAAGACGAAAUUAUAUAGACUACACUUCGAGUGGAACAAAAGACAGGAAGGCCGCAGUGUUUAAGAAAAACAUGCCGAAUAACUAUAUUAACUCGACGGGCAAACGUGACCAAAUUGUGAAAACCACAAGUGGAGACAAGCAUUAUGGUGGUGUGAAGAAAGCAAAAUAUCCCUCUACUUUCAAACAACCGUUCUUGUACGACACCCUUAUAGCGAUGGCGAUACGAAAUUCACCACUACAAGCACUAAACGUGGCCCAAAUUCAUGCAUAUAUAGCAGAAAUUUAUCCCUACUUUAAAGCAUGCCCGGGUAGUUUAAAGGCGAACAUUAUAAGGACUCUGUCUAGCUCUAGUUGUUUCAAAAAGCUGGGAGAACCGUGUGAACAAUACUGGACCUUAACAAGUAAAACCGGCACGUGUGUCACAGAAGAGCCUAGACGCUUAGCGACCACAGAAAGGGCCUUGAUAACGAUUGACAGCUUGCCUACAACUUCUAGCAAGAACUAUACACCCCAUUUACAGCCUACUCCUGUUUCGAGUAUCACUGUAUCAAAAACGCGUGCCAAAUUUACACACAGGAACCACUUCAACCACGGCAUAGGAAAAAAUGCAGACAAUGGCUUAAAACGAACUGGUAGCCUAUCUGAAAAAAGCUAUUCGCAGGUAACCGUGUCUACCACUAACUAUACACCGUAUUCCCAGUGUAUUGCUAUGCACCCUCCAUCUACUGCCUAUUCGCGGGCUACGGUUUCUAGAACACCGCUUUCACAGCCUACUUCUGUUGGUCUAUCUCCUGCCCAUUCGCAGGCUACAGUUUCUGCAUAUGUUUCUACAACACCCAAUUCCCAACCUGGCAUCCCAUAUACCGUCCAUUGGCCGGCAAAUUAUAGACAAACUGGUCUCACUCAUGACGACAAAUUAAGACAUUAUAUCCACAAUAGUCCAUUAUAUCCAAGAGUGCCUGUAAUUACCCCUACUACAGGUCAAGGACAGCUGGACGAAUCGGGGAUCAAAAUUGGUCACGUUUUUUCGCUUAGCCCACAAACGUCAACGGUUUUAUCAGCACAGGAACGAUUGCGAACCAAAGUUAUCCCUUAUCAUCCCUGCACGUUUUGGAGCUAUGGUACCCAUAAUUCACCCGCUCUAUCCAGUUUUGUAUCUGAAGAUAAAGAACGUUAUGAAGACGCUUAG